AUGGGGCAUCAUUCAUGCUGCGAAAGACAGAAAGUGAAGAGAUGGCUUUGGUCACCUGAGGAAGAUGAAAUACUCAUUAACUACAUAUCUACUUAUGCCCAUGGCUGUUGGAGCUCAGUUCCAAGACUUUCAGGUUUACGAAGAUCUGGUAAGAGCUGCAGAUUAAGAUGGAUAAAUUACUUGAGACCUGAUUUGAAGAGAGGGAAUUUCUCUCCUCAAGAAGCAUCACUCAUCAUUGAACUCCACAAGACUCUAGGCAAUAGGUGGGCUCAGAUAGCCAAGUACCUGCCCGGUAGAACGGACAAUGAAAUCAAGAACUUCUGGAAUUCAAACAUAAUGAAGAAGCUCACUUCUGAUAACAAUUUUUCGGAUCAUCAAGAAACAUUUUCUGUUUCAAAUAUUGGAAUCCCUAACAGCAGUGUUUUUGAGGGUUUAUAUUCACUAAAUACAGGCUCAAAUUUGAGCCAGUGUGGCCAAUUGGAGCCCACAAAUGUUCAAGGGACGUUUGAUCAUCAACCCCAUCAACUUCUUGACCAUCAAAUGGUUCUCAAACAAGAAGAUAAUUUCAUGUUUGGCAGUGGAAAGCUGUCAAUCCAACCUUGUGCUGAUGAUCCAUCCAUUGUUGAAGGGAAUGCAGGUGGGGUGUCCUCUUCAUUUCUUCCGCCCUCAGAGACAGCGCCAAGAUCGUUAUGCCUUUCGUUCGAGUCGGAACGUUACGAUACAAUGUCUAGUAUUGUCUCAUGUUUCCCUUCUGGGAUUUAUGCAUCGAAUCCAUCGGCUUGGCAUUACCAUGGUCCUCGUCUGGAGUAA